AUGCGGCCGAUAUACGCGAUAUUGGUUUACUCACGCUUACUUGGCCUUUUCACUUUAAUAAAGAUCUUGCAUCUCGCUGAAAUGGACUCUAGCCCCGCUGAGGACAGUCUCACUGAGGACAGUCAGGCUGAGGACGACCAGACCAAGGACACGGCUGACGAUUCACCCAAGGUUGAAGGAGGCGAAAGGUUCGAGAGUGUACAAGACGGCGGAGCCGGGCACGUCGAGGCCAUGUCUUCCGGAGAGUAUACCGCAGGUGCCGACAGCAGUGUGGAGGAUGUCCGCGGAGUGAGUGUUAAGAAUGGCCAGGCCUUCCCAAACGUGAGAGAGAGGCAAACCAAUUUUGGCGGCUGA